AUGGCUGAUGCAGAUUCCGACGUGAUCCCUGUCUACAGGAGAUUAGUCGACGAUCUCCUAUCCCGCGCCGAUGAAGUCAAGGCCGACAAGCAGAUUGAACCUCCGCUGACGGAAUCCACCCUCGGAGAAUCCGUUUGGCUUGUACGGGGGGAGGAUGAGGCGCUGGUGAAUCAGCUGAAUCAACAGACACGGUUUGCAGCGGUGGAAAUUGCAUUCCGGGAGAAGUUCUACCACCUUCUUGCUUCUACGUCCAUCGAUGAGCCGGCUUUUAUUCGGAUCUGGAACUUGCUCGACAUUAUUUCGAUAUUUUCCGACAAUGAGCAAUGCGAGCCUGGAUUAAUAUUCUGGCUUAUCGAGGAACUCCUCGAUAGCCAGACAAUUGAUGGCUGCCGAAAAGUGUUUGAUUAUCUGGAAUCGCGGAGGGAACGGAGUACCAAGAAACAUUUCAAGCAAAAAAGUUUGAUCAUCCUGCGAUCCUGCAAUGAGCUCCUCCGAAGACUGUCGCGUGCUGAAGAUACCGUCUUCUGUGGGCGGGUUUUCAUAUUCCUCUUCCAGAGCUUCCCGCUAGGCGACAAGAGCGCGGUCAACCUUCGAGGCGAAUACCAUACCGAGAAUGUCACUACGUUUGAUGAAAUCGUCAAAGAGGCGACCCAAGAGAAGGAUGCAGACGUGGAGAUGGCCGACGAGAAGGAACCAUCCACGGAGGACCAGAAAGAGGACGAGUCCCAGCAAUUGCCUGAAUCACAGGCACCUACACAGGACCGCCCGAAAACGCCGAAAACGCCGAAAGUGUCAUUCUCCAACGUCGAAGCCAAACCCGAGGCAAAAGUCGAUUUGGAUGCGUUAUACCCCAUGUUUUGGGGGCUACAGGCCUAUUUCUCUGCGCCAACGAAGGUUUUUGACACGCAGAACUUCGCCGAAUUCAAGCGGGGUCUGGAAGCUACGCUUUUUACGUUCAAGAAUGUCAAUACAGACCUGGAGACGUCCAGCACGAGCAAGAGUUCCGAAGAGGUUCGAAAAUCGUCGAAGCGCAAGCGAACCGCGGACGCGCAGGAGAUUUCCAGUAGUUUCAACCCCAAGUACUUGACGAACAGGGACUUGUUUGACCUUGAAGUCAGCGAUACUGCGUUCCGGCGACACGUCCUCGUUCAGGCUCUGAUUCUCCUGGACUUCGUUAUGUCGCUUACACCCAAGGCCAAAGCGAAGCUGGCUGAUUUGACUAACAAAUCCGUGCUCUAUGGUUUUGCGCUGAGUGAUGAAGAUACCAAGUGGGCCAUCAAGACGAGAAGGGCGAUAGAAGACUAUCUUCAAGACGGAGUCGGAGGAAAGUUCUAUUAUCGCAUGGUAGAUACGGUGUUGUCGCGGGACAAGAACUGGGUACGCUGGAAGGCAGAAGGAUGUCCUCCCAUCGAGCGACCUCCUAUCUCGGUGGCCGAUUACCUCAAGGCGCGCGAGAAUGCGACCAGAAUAUAUGCCAACAAGCGUCUGCGACCGUCGCCGAUGGGGUCUCUCGAUUUAAAGUUUCUCUCCGAGGGGGAGUCGUCUGCCGGUCUGGAGAAGCUCAAGGAACCGGAGAGAUUUACAGUGCCGGCGGCAAAUUCGUUCAUGAUGGGCAUCAUGGACGACGAGAUGGACAUUGACAUGGCCCAGACCAAAGAAGACAAAGAGAGCGGAAUGCGAGCCAAGGCGAGCAAGACGUGGCGCAUACUACGGCUCUCCGCGAAAAGCAAGCUCGCGGCACUCGAUAAAAUCGACGACGGCAAAAAUCUGAAAGCGUUGUUCGAGACCCAGCCCGCGGAGGGAACUCCCCAGGCCGGUGAGGGCACGCCGCAAGCAGCGGACGGGACGGACAGGGCUCCGACCACGGAGGACGAUCCCGCCGGAGAGGAACGGCACGCUGGAGAGGAGCGACACGCCGGACAAGAACAACACUCCGGACAGGAGCAAAACGCCGGACAGGAACAAUACGCCGGUGGGACGGAACAGCCUUCGACGGAGCCAACGACCGACCCAGCGACAGUCUCCACGACGGACGGCCAAGCGACAUGA